AUGCAAAUCCGUGUGCCGGCCACUCAUGGUGCAGUGAGAAGUUGGAGCCGUACAGCUGCUUCCCACAUCCGUGGUUCCGCGGUGGAUCCCCGCCCCACGUGGCUCGUGCAAGCUGACACCGCUCUUACACCAUCGCUCCUCGCCGUCGGCGCCAUCGGCAGCCCGCUUCUCUCGCGAGUGGCAGCAAAAGCUUUGCGCAGACGACCGACGCAGUUGCGCGCCUCUGGCACGCGCGUCCGGGAUGUAGUUCCUCACGGUGGGCCCACGGUCGUCAUCUCUGGGGCUAGUCAGGGGACUGGCAGGGCCCUGGCUCUGAAGUUCGCGCAGGAUGGCUACAAUGUGGUGCUCGCUGCGAGAGGCGCGGAGGCACUGCGAGAGGCCGAGGACUGCUGCCAAGCCGUCCUCAAGCCAGGCAGGCUCGUACUGCCUGUCCCCUGCGACAUAACAUCUCCGGACUCCAUCCAGCUUCUUUUGGACACUGUCGCUGCACGUUUCACGGAUGUGCGCGUUGUGGUAUGCAAUGCUGGAGUGUGCAUGACAGGCGAUUUUCUGAAUACAUCACCGGAAGACUUCCAGUCUCAGCUCAAUGUGAACUUUCUGGGUCAUGUGACGACCGUGCGUGCAUUUCUACCAGAGCUACUUCGACAGAAAGGGCGGUCUGGUCCAGUUCCCACUAUUUGUUUCGUGAACAGUUUCGGUGCCCGGGUUCCUUUGCCGGAUAUGACUGCUUAUUGUGCAGCCAAGUAUGCCCUGCAAGGCUUUGCAGACUCCCUGAGGCUCGAGCUUGCAGCCAGAGGUGUGCAUGUGGCCACGGUGCACCCAGGAGUCAUUCGCAGCGACUUCCGCACUCGUGCACAGUGGCGGGGUACGGCUGCAGGCAACCGAAAGUCUGCCAUGGACACUCUGCUUGAUGGCCAGUCCCCAGUGUCCAGCCUCGUCACGCAGUCCGUAGAGGAGGUCGCUGAGGCUGCUUACGACGCUGUCAAGACGCAGCAAAGCGAGGUCGUGGUGGGCCUCCCAUUUCGCACCAUGCUCACCGCAUAUGGCGUCGGCAAAGCACUGGGCCUUGCCUAA